AGGGGGGGCGUGUCCUGUCGGCAGUACCAGCCAGACAGCGAGGCUCUGGCCGCUGUCCUGUGCAACUUCCUAGCCGCUUCUUCAGCCCUUGAGCGGGCGCCCUCACCGCGGUUGAUAAUGUUGUGCUUGUGUCCGGCUCCGGAAGCGAGCCUCGUUCCUCCCUCGCCGCUUCUCUCCUCUUGACUGCCGGCUUUGGUAGCGCCAACGCAGACUGUGCUUGUCUGAAGCUAAGCCGGACCGCUCCGCCGCUUCCUCCCCCUCUCCUCAUCUCUCGGCCCAGAGAGCAGCUCAUGGAGGCCCCGGUGGAGGAGAGAGAACCGCCGCCGAUGAACUCUUUUCCUCUGCCUACUCUCACGCCGGCCGUGCCCCCUUACGUGACCCUGGGUCUGACGGUGGUCUACAGCGCCUUCUACUCGCUGCUCUUCAUCUUCAUCUACGUCCAGCUCUGGUUGGUGCUGCGGUAUCGACACAAGCGCUUCAGCUACCAGACCGUGUUCCUGUUCCUGUGCCUGCUGUGGUCGGCCCUGCGCACGGUGCUCUUCUCCUUCUACUUCAAGAACUUUGUGACGGCCAACACUUUGGGGCCUUUCCCGUUCUGGCUGCUCUACUGCUUCCCUGUGUGCCUGCAGUUCUUCACACUCAGCCUCAUGAACCUCUACUUUGCACAGGUUGUGUUCAAGGCCAAGUCCAAAUAUGCACCGGAGCUCCUGAGGUACAGACUGCCACUGUACCUGGUCUUCCUGUCCAUGAGCCUGGUGUUUUUAGCCGUCAACCUUGUUUGCGCCAUGCUGGUGAGGACGUCGUCUGCAGAUGCUCACACGGUGGUGCUGGUGAGGGUGGCCAUCAAUGACACCCUCUUUGUCCUGUGUGCUGUGUCGCUCUCGCUGUGUCUCUACAAGAUUGCCAAGAUGUCCCUGGCCAACAUUUAUCUGGAAUCCAAGGGGACGUCGGUGUGCCAGGUAACCGCUAUAGGGGCCAUCGUCAUCCUUCUGUACACAUCCCGGGCCUGCUAUAACCUGGUGGUCCUGGGGCUCUCAAACAAGAGUAUCAACUCCUUUGACUACGACUGGUACAACGUUUCCGACCAGGCCGAUUUACAGUCUACUCUGGGCGACACCGGCUACGUUGUCUUUGGGGUGGUCUUAUUCGUAUGGGAGCUGCUCCCCACUUCUCUUGUGGUGUUCUUCUUCAGAGUUCGCCAGCCCGACCUGGACAGGAGUGGAUCUGGGAUUCCCGGCCAUGUCUUCUCCUCCAGGGCUUAUUUCUUCGACAAUCCUCGGCGUUAUGACAGCGACGAUGACCUAGCGUGGAGUGUUAUGCCUCAAAACAUCCAAGCCAGUUUGGCUGCCGACAGUUACGAGUGGGGGAGCCAAAGCAGCAGCAUCAGCGCUUACAUGGGAGGGGACGACGUUUACCACCUCCCCCUUCCUCCAGAGGAGCUCAGCCAUUACUGAUAAGGAAUCACAGUGGUUUUCUUGACUCCUGGUUUUUUUUGCACUGUUAUCCUAGUGAAGCACACUGGACUUGAUACAUUCAUAUUAGUUCUAGGCAAGAACUAACACACGCCAGUAUAUGAAGGACCACCGCUAAAUGAUUUUUCACACUCCAUGUACACUCCAGGGCCCAAUAUGACUGCUCUUUUUUUUUUUUUUUUUUUAGUUUAUAUUAAUAUAUUUCCUGACCUUUUGCAUUGUGCACUGUAUUUGUAUGUCAUGUGUUUCUUUUCAUACAGAUUUGUUAAUAGUAGUUGUUUAACUCAUUAAAACAGUCAAAUUGUAAUGUUUUUUAUUGUUUUUGUAAUACUGUGUACUGUAUUUUGGGUAUUCAUACUUUUUAGUAGUGGCCUUUUAUUGUGGCCAUCCUAAGACACACCUGUGCAAUAAUCAUGCUGUAACCGGCAUUUUGAUUCAACAUUGGAGACAAAUCUUUUCUGUAUACAGAAAUACUUUUACAUUUUUGAGUUCAUAUUGUGAAAAAAGUUUAUAUUUUUUUUUGUUGAGUGUAGUUUAAUCAAAAAAGUAUAUAUUUUGUAGUAUUGAGGCCACAUAAAUAUGUUUAGCUUACUUACACAGUACUGACACUAUUUUCAAAAUAGUUCAAGUUCAAAAUGUAUGCCAAGAGUACCGAAACAUUCCAUUUUGUUAAAAUAGAAACAUUCAAGUGAGCUGGAGCCUAUCCCAGGACACACUCAACUACUUAUUACAUUCACACCUCCAGACAUGCAUGUUUUUGGGAUGUGGGAGGCAAUCGGAGUACCGGAAGGAAAAUUCGGAUCUUCUGACUGUGAGGCACAAAUGCUGCCAAAAUAAAACAACAGCUUCCUGAGCAAUAAAAUUACCAUCAUGUGGAACUGAGAGGCGUGCAAUGCCACUGACCUCCAGCAGAGGGCAGCAUUCAACUACAUUUGGUGCUAUACUCUGCUAAACGUUAAACCUCAUGGAGAUCUGUUGGUGUUUUUGAAUACAGGGUUUCUGAAUGAAGUCAAACUUAAGACCAAUGUCUGUCAUUAAAAGAUGUAUUUAAUUCAUUUGUUUCCUCCUUAUUGCAAACUCAAGCACAUUUGCAAAACAGUAGAAUAAAAACAGCUGAUUCCAC